UUAUUCGAGGUAUUUAAAGUGAGUGUUUUCACGUAAUCCGGCUUAAUUUGUAGUCAGCGGUCAUCGUAUUCGUAUCGGUUUAAUUCGCGGUCGGUCUAUGUAUUUCUCAUUUUAAGAAGUAUAAACAAAGUGAAGUUAUAUCUGUGCUGUUUAAGGCUUUCCCCAAGGGGCCAAGCGUGAUGGCGAGGAUAAAAAACAAAUGCCUAUUGGUUGGAAUCCUCCUGACUGUGUUAUUAACAAUACCAGCAAAGGGCGAACCCACUUGCAAUAUAGGAUGUCCGAAAUCGGAUAAUGAAUUAUUGAAAUAUAUACCUGGAAAUUCCUAUGACUACUCCUUCGACAGUAUUUUAACCAUUGGACUGAGUAGCGGGGUUUUCAGUGAAUCCGAUGAUACCAGUCUCAAAGUAUCCGGGUCAGCAAAAAUUUUUUCGAAAGGAAACUGUGGGUAUACUUUACAGCUAAGUUCCGUAAAGGUGUCCAAUACAAAAGAGUCCGUAGAGAAAAGGAUUUUGAACAACAUCCAGAAACCAGUGCAGUUCACGCUGGUUAGUGGACUCUUGGAGCCACAAAUUUGUUCAGAUUCCAGCGACUUGGAUUACUCGCUGAAUAUUAAGCGGGCAGUUAUAUCAUUAUUGCAAUCGGGAACAAAAGUGGAACCCGAAGUUGAUGUUUUCGGUCAGUGCCCCACGCAUACUUCGACAUCAAAAGUAGGCAAUGCGAACAUAAUAACGAAGGUUCGCAACUUAAACAAUUGUGCACACAGGGAGCAGAUAAACAGUGGUCUGGUGUCCGGGGAAGUGAACGAGAAAGCUGGUAUCACGUCCAGCCUACUAUUGCAGGCGAAUUAUAUAAAGGAGUCAAAGAUUGUAAACAGUCUUCUUGAAAGUGUUCAGCUGACAGAAACAUACAAGUUCAUUGGGUCUACCAAGGGAAAUUCCGAAAUCAGUGCAAAGGUAGUCACAACAUUAAAACUAAAAAAUCCUAGCGGGACGAAAGCUAACUCGCCAUCUACUGGCUCCAAUGUUAGAAGCGUGAUUUUCCAACGACCAGAAACCUACACAUCGAAAAAUAUAAACGCGUUAAAAACGAUACUAUCCGAUCUUGUGGAUUCGACUGGCGAUUAUGUGAAAAAAGAAAGCGCUAAAAAGUUCGUAGAGUUUAUUAGGUUGCUUCGUCAAUCUGAUAGUGAGACUUUAUUAGAACUGGCUGCAUAUCCACAUCCGAACAAAGUCUUGGCCCGCAAGGUAUACUUGGAUGGAUUGUUUCGCACCAGUACCGCAGAGUCUGCCAGAGUUAUACUAAAACAGCUUCCUAAGUUUGAUGAUAAGGAAAAAUUACUAGCGAUACUGUCUUUAAACUUGGUUAAAAGUGUGGACAAAGAGACACUCAAUCAAGCGGCUGCUCAGCUGUUACCGAAUGCGCCUAAGGAAUUGUAUCUAUCUGUGGGUAGCUUAGUUGCUAAAUUUUGUUUAGGAAGAAAUUGCCAAGGACCUGAAAUCGAAGCAAUAUCUAAAAAGUUUAUAGAUGGCCUGAAACGAUGUAAGCCAAAUACUAAAAAGGAAGAAGAACGCAUUGUGUAUAUUUUAAAGGGAAUAGGAAAUGCCAAAAGCUUAAGUGACAAUACUGCUGCUGCCCUUAGUGAGUGCGCCUCCACGGGCCGCUCCAAUCGAAUUCGUGUAGCUGCUUUGAAAGCAUUUUCAAGCAUUGAAUGCAAUGGAGCGCUGCAAACUAAGGCUUUGGAACUACUCAAGAACCGCAACGAGGACUCAGAGUUACGCAUUGAAGCCUAUUUGUCCGCAAUUUCAUGUCCCAACGCAGAGGUGGCCAACCAGGUUUCAGAAAUAGUCAAUUCCGAAACAGUUAACCAGGUAGGAGGAUUUAUUUCAUCAAACUUAAAAGCCAUUCGCGACUCGACAGACGCCAGCCGUGAGCAGCAAAGGUACCAUUUAGGAAACAUUCGAGUGACUAAGAAGUUUCCUGCGGAUUACAGACGAUACAGUUUCAACAAUGAGGUUUCCUACAAACUGGAAUCCCUUGGCCUUGGAGCCAGUUCUGACUACCAAUUAAUUUAUUCGCAACAUGGAUUCUUACCCCGAUCAUCUCGUAUUAAUGUUACAACAGAAAUUUUUGGAACUAACUUCAACGUAUUUGAAGCAAGCGUACGUCAAGAAAACUUUGAGGAUGUGUUGGAAUAUUAUCUAGGACCGAAGGGGUUGCUAAACAAAGAUUUCAAUGAAAUUGUUAAGAUCAUUGAAGUUGGAAACAACGCAAAUACUGGAGCUGGUGGUCGAGCCCGACGCUCAAUUGCCGACGAUGUUGCUAAGACAUCGAAGAAGUAUAAAACUUACGGCAGCAAAAAUGUGCAAGAUCUCAAUUUGGAUAUAUCAUUGAAACUCUUUGGUUCGGAGUUGGCGUUCUUAAGCCUUGGUGACAACAUACCAAGUACUUUGGAUGACAUCAUAAAUUAUUUCUCAAAUUCUUUUGAAAAGGCAAAGCAAGAACUAUCUUCGUUUGAAAAGCAACUGUCCAGUCACCACUUGUUCCUUGAUACAGAUCUCGCUUAUCCAACUAGCAUUGGAGUACCUCUGGAAAUCGUAGCUCAAGGCUUUGCAGCUACCAAAAUCGAUCUUGCUGUUAACCUUGACAUCAAUGCAGUUCUGGAACAGAACUGGCAGAAGGCAAAAUAUAGAUUAAAGGUUGUUCCGAGUGUGGAUGUAAGUGUCAACCUUCAGGUAGGUUUCAAUUCCCAAGUACUAUCCACUGGCCUCCGAGUGGUAUCAACUGCGCAUUCCGCGACCGGAAACGAUAUAACCGUAGCCGUUAUCAAGGAUGGAGAAGGUUUUAACGUUGACGUCGAACUUCCACGCGAAAAACUGGAGCUUGUUGAUGUUAAAAUUGACACCGAACUAUAUGUAGCCGAACAAGACAAACAAAAAGCGGUUGCCCUUAAGGGCAACAAGAAAAAUAAAAAUGCCCAACCUAGGGAGAUAUGCUUUAACCAAGCUGAAGUUGUCGGCCUAAACAUAUGCAUUGAGAGUUCAACAAGCUUGAGCGACUUUCAAGCAGGAAGCGGUAAUGAUGCUGAAAAAGGAAUUGCUAUAUCGGACCAAUUUCAUUUAUCUAAGCCAUUCAGUUUUGCCAUUUACUUGACGGCGGAACGCAAAUUUACAUUCAAAGGGGUUCACACAAAUGAGCCUUCCGGCCAGAAGUGGAAAUUGGACUACUCCACUCCUGGUUCCAAAGUAUCUCAUGAUGCAAGUGUAGUUUUCGAGCUUGGAUCUAAGCCUAGGACUUAUGGUAGAUUAUCCUUCGACAAUUCUCAAUACCACUUUGGAGUUGAAGCUGGAAUAAACAACGACAACAGCGAAUUGGUAAUAUAUGGCCAGUACGAACAAGAUAAGGACAUUAAAAAAAGUAAAAUCGGCCUUAGCAAGCACGGAAAUGAAUAUAAGCCUUUAAUUGAAAUUCAAGACAAUAAUGGCAUCUCAAACAGCAUAAAUGGGUAUCGCGCUGACGGAAAAAUCGUAGUUAAAAAAACCAGCGAUAAGAUAACAAGAUACAAUUUUGAAAACUUCCAAGUGUCGAAUGCGAAUAACGACCGCAUAAUUGUAAAUGGAUGGUCGGAUGUUGGCCAAAGUUCAUUUAACUCCGAGCUUCGUAUCGCUUCAGAUCAGAAGUCGUUCUUAAUAAAGGGAAAUUUUGAACUGGAGAACGGUCAGUAUGCGGCAGGUUUAUUUAUAAACGAUGAACGAACACCCGAACAUGUUUAUGGAAGUUCGGUACAAUUGACAAUAGCAGAUCAGUCCUAUGCUCUUAAAGCUAUUGGCAAAGCUGCUACUUGGUCCAUUAAUAGCGAUGCCGGCUUUGAUUUCCAAAGAGAUGAUGAAUCCAGCUCUUUACGUGCAGGUUCUCUUGUGCAAAAUGUGGAAGUCCAUCAUAAAAAUAAGCGAGUUGGAGCAGCAAAGGUAAAGUCCACUUUUGAUGUAAAUAAAUUGGAUCUCGACGUGGAAAUUUCACGUGAGGAAAAAGUCGGUUCACUUAACGUCAAAUACAAAAGCAAUCAGCGAAACGUACAAGACUAUUCUCUGGAGGUGAGUGGAAAGCUCAAUAAGCAUUCUAUCGAUGUUGUAUCCAAAUGCGAUUUUAAUGGAAACGCUUAUGUUGUCGACAACAGUAUUACAACCAGUUGGGGAACUUUACUAUCUGCGAAGGGUGAACUAGGACAACGAUACUCGGUCCAAGACAUCAAAAUUGACCUUCAGGGCACCGUUCAAGUAAGUGGAAAAGACAAAUCUUAUCAAUGGGUUCUCAAAGUACUUGGCACACCUGACAAAACCAGCAGUGAGUUUAAGAUUAUCCGUGACACAGCAGAGCUUGUCAAACUAACCGGUGAGUCCCAACACCCUCAAGACAAAAUAUCCGCGGCGAAGCUUAAUCUUAUUGUCAAGAAUCAAUUAACUGCUAAGGGCGAGUUUCGCGUAGCUAAAAAUGGUAAGGGUGACUUGACUGCCACAUUUGAGACUCUAAAGACUGAACCGAAGCACAAACUAGAAAUUGAAUCCAAAUUCCAUAUACAAGCUCCUAAGUAUGAUGUUGACACUACCCUAUCGCUUGAUGGAGAAAAGAAAUUGCAUUUGAAGUCUGAAAACACCAUAGAUAAGUUGAAGUUUUCCACUAAAAAUAUUGGGGAAUCAAACGACAAAAAAGUUAUUUUCGAGGCCAACGGUAGCGUUAAAGGAGAAUUGCGAACAAAUGGCGAAGUUCAAGGUGCAUUUACAUUGACAACUCCCGAUGGGCGAGUCAUUGACGGUAAUAUUAACCGUAAGUCUUCAACAAAUGCAAAAACGGGUGUGGUGCAAGGAAACAUGGAUGCACAGAUUAGUGAUACACCAUCUGGCAGCAAUAAAAAACGAUCAAUUACACUAAAGGGAAAGCUUGAUCGGCUUAAUCCAAAAACAAAAGAAUUUUCUGCAAGCAAUACUUUAGUAUACACGGCAUUGGAUGGAGAAAAGUCUGAGCUAAGCUUUCAAAUUAAGCAGCAACCUCACGGCGAAGCUAAAGACUUGGACUUAAGCCUUAAGGCUAAUGGAAAUCCACUCCUCCAACCCAUUGAGGUUGCCAUUGUCAUAGGGGAGUACAGUGCACAGCAUGCUGUGAUAAGUAUCACAAGUAAAUAUGGGGAGCUCUUCUCAGUUAAAGCAAAUGGAAAUUACAAUAACAAGCAAGGCAUCUUGCCGGCUACAUAUGACCUUCAAGCUAACAUCGAAAUCCCAAAGUCCAGCUUAAAGUUCGUGGAUAUUAAAAGUAAUGGAAAACUGUUAAGACCAUCAACGGUCAAUAACAAUGCUGCUUAUACUCUUGAAUUUUUCGUGGAUUCCAAAACCGGUCAGGGUCAAUUCGCUCGUGUCAACACACUGUGGAACGGUACGCCAAAUGGAGGAAAUUUGGAUUUUGAAGCUCAAACCAAUAACAUGGAGUCUCCAUUAAAGUUCAAUGGAAAAUAUCAGCGGGAGCAAAAUGGCAGUUUGAAGGAUGGUGACCUUAGCGGCAAGCAAAAGUACAUAGUUAAUGCACAAUACGGAAAUCAAUACGUGAAGACGGAUACAUCCCUUUCUUAUGGUGCCGAGGAAGUAGAUAUAACAUAUGUGCUGGAUUCCAGCUUCGAAUCUGCAAAGGAUAUUAGCCUUAAUAUCCGCACUCAAAAAUCUGUUGAUGACUCGACGUAUGUAGUCACUGUACAAGCCAAACAGGCGGAAAAGUCAUACAUUUGGGAUACUAAAUUGUAUCGUUCGACCCACAAAAAGGGUGUUGAUAUUCGUUUGAAUUUGUUAAAGGAAAAGCCCAUUAUUAUCACGAGCAUCUUCGAAAUAUUGGGAGAGCGAAAAGGAAAGGUAGCUUUUGAAGUACAAAACUUGGCCGAAUUGGACAUUAAAAUAAACAGUGAAGCAUCUUACGUCAGCAUUGACGAUUUUUAUGUAGUUGGUAGCUGGAGCUCUAAGAAAUUAAAGCUGGAUGGUUACGAACUUGAAGCACGAGCACAGGGUAAGAACAUAAAAAUUCAACUAAAGAAUGUGAAUGGCGUAAUAUUCCUAGGCACAGCCACAUAUGCUCUUAAAAAAGAACAAAAUAAGGAUAUUAUCGAUGGCCAAGGCCAAGUGCAGUAUCAAGGAAAAUCACAUAGUGGAAAUUUUAAGUUGACCCAUCAACUUUUUGAUGUUACUACGGAUAAGGAGGUUGGGUUCUCGUACACUUUUAAUGGUAAUUUUGGAACCAAAAACGGCCUAUCCACAAUUAAGAUUACAAACAAGGAAUUCAACACGAAGUUUUCCAUUUGCGAAGAAAAGAGACAGUGCACAAACAUUCAAGUGCAAUCCCUAGUAAGCAUAGAUGAACAAAAACUGGAUGCCGUGGAACACUCAACCCUUGUUUUGGUUGAUCUGCGUGAACUUGGUUAUCCAUAUGAGUUUGAGCUAAAGUCCCAAAAUAUACGCCAAGGAUUUAAGUACCAGUACCAUCUAGAUAGCUUUAUUAUAACCGGAAAUAAUUUUAAAUACCAACUGACUGCAAACGUUCAGCCUGCGUCAAUUACUAUUAAAUUAACGCUUCCAAAACGACAAAUUUUGUUAGAGACCGCGCAAAAAACACCUGCGGAUGGAAAUAUUUUUGGUCACUAUGAGCAAUCAGUUUCAUUCUUUAUUGAUAAGCUGCAAAGACCCGAUGAUGUUGUUCGUGUUCUUGCUAUUCUUGACGUCUCGGGCAUCGAGCACGUUGCCCUAAACGCCAAUGGUCAAGUUAAGCUCGAGCAUCCAACUAUUCGGCCAUUGAGUAUUUCUGGAAGACUUAAUGGUAACGUAGAUCAACAAAUCGCAAGUGCUGAAAUAGUUUUUGAUGUUUUUCGACUGCCGGAACAAAAGGUUGUUGGAAACAGCGAAUGGCGCAAUUCCCCAUCCAAAAAUGGUUUCAACAUUGCAUCUACUACAACUGUCAAAUCUGCUGGCCUUCAGUUCUUAUACCAAAUAACCACCAAUGCGGCAGUAGAUAAGGAAGCCCAAGAGUACAAUUUUGGUCUGGAAAUCAAUGAUAACGGUUCCAUCGAUAUUAAGGCAAAAUCGAUUUUAAGUAAGGAAAAUCUAGAAAUCUCUUUGAGUGAAUCAAAUAAGCAGAUUGUUCGAAUAGUCGGCGACUUUAAUAGUCAAAAAAGAUAUGCAAAAUUCAAUACGAAAGUCCAAGUUAUUGAUAAGAAUCCAAUUGAAUUUUCAAGUGAGAUUCAACCUACAUCUGCUAAGAUUUCACUAAAGCGUCAAGACUUCAUUGAUGGCAAUGCUGAAAUCAAGUUGGGCAAGGAACUAAAAUUCGAUGUUUCUGGUAGCGGCAAGCAAUUAUUCAACGGACGCGUGGCUUUAGAUGCAACCAAUUUCUUGCAAACAAACUAUGUUUUCAAUGAUGAUAACGUGAAUGCCUUUCUGCUCGACGCUGACACGGAAGUAAAUAAAGACACGGAAUAUAUUGCUAAGAACAUCAAGGCACGAUUCGAAAAACUACAACAAGCCACCGAUAAAAAUAUUAAAUUAGCAAAGGAAGCCCUUCCAGAUUUCUCAAAACUGCAGGGCAAAUUGGUCGAAAAUACAAAGAGCCUUAUUCAAGAGCUUGAGGCAGAUCCCUCAAUCGCACCGAUUAUUGAUGGAGUAAGAACUUCAUUUGUGAAAAUAUCGGCUAUAAUUGAUGACUUAGGCAAGGUAUUAUUGGAAACAUUCGAAAAAGCCCAAAAGACACUUGUUGAAACUUAUGAGAAAUUGCAAGCUCUUUGGAAGGACUCGCUCCUCAAAGCGUGGGAAGAUAUUAUCUUAACUGUAAACAAUCUAGUUGGUACACUACAUAAGGAAUUGAUCAGGGUCUACACAAAGACAAUUAAAAGCCUUCUUUCCGUGCUCGAUAAGUAUGGCCCAGCACUGAAAAACUAUGGCAAGGCCGUCGCUGAAACUCUGAAACCAAUCAACGAUGCAGUUCAAGAAAUAGUAAAGCUCUUGGUUCGCGCGGCUGAAGGUGCAAUCGACGAACUUAAAGAGUAUGCCGCAAACUUGCCGUCAUUUGAAAGCAUACGUAAUGAGAUUGAUGACAAAGUUAAAAGUCUGAAGCUCAUUGAAAAAGCUACAGAGCUUGUAAACAGUCUAUUUGAUCAGUUAAGUAUUUUACCGCAAACUCCGGAGACCACUGAGUUCCUUCAAAAACUACAAGAUUACUUAAGCGCAAAGCUAAAGCAACAACAAAUUAAUGAUGAAAAGUCGCUUGAAGAGCUUGGAAAGCUUUUAAUUAAGGCCGUACGCUCAAUUUGGGUCUCGAUUAAAAGCACUGCUCCAGGAUCAUCUGCUCAUGCUAUUGAUUUCCAAUCAUGGUUUGGUUCCCUGACACAUUCUUUAGAUUCCUUGUCUACACUCCCAACCAUACUUUCAUUCAGAUCAAGUUUUUUGAACUAUUUGUUGAAUGAGAAUUGGGACGCUCUGUUUAACAAAAAUGUACUUAAGUCGUGGAUAUUCUUUAAUGACUUUGAGCUACGAGGCCAUGUCGUCGAUGGUCAGCACAUAUUCACUUUCGACGGUCAGAAUUUCGCGUACCCUGGAAACUGCAAAUAUAUCCUGGCUCAAGACAGUGUGGACAAUAAUUUCACAAUUAUCGGCCAGCUUGCAAAUGGAAAGCUUAAGGGCAUCACGCUCGUAGAUCGGGAUGGUAACUUUGCUGAAGUAGCCGACAAUUUGGCACUGAAGAUAAAUGGAAACCUUGUUGAGUACCCACAACAAUUGUCUGGUCUUCACGCAUGGCGCCGAUUCUAUACCGUUCAUUUGCAUUCUGAGUACGGAGUAAGCAUUGUUUGCACCACGGAUCUAAAGGUUUGUCAUUUAAAUAUAAAUGGCUUCUACACAAGUAAAACGCGGGGACUUCUGGGCAACGGCAAUGCAGAGCCAUACGACGACUUUCUGCGAAUUGAUGGUACUUUAGCAGCAGACUCGGCCGCCUUGGGCAACGAUUACGGAGUUGGUAAAUGUACAGCAGUUGCACUUGACAAGGACCAAGUGGAGAGCCCGAAAAGAGAGGAAAUAUGUAGUGAGAUAUUUGGAUUUGAAUCACCACUUGCCUUCAACUUUAUGACGGUUGACUCCAGACCUUACCGCCAGGCAUGUGAUAAUGCCGUUGCUAAAAUAGCCGAAAAGGAUAAGGAGGCUGCUGCAUGUACGUUUGCUCUGGCCUACGGUUCCGCUGUCAAACAGAUUAACAAGUGGGUGCUAUUGCCACCGCGUUGCAUCAAGUGCGGUGGACCUGUGGGGCAGAGGGACCUUGGAGACGAGUUCACUGUCAAGCUGCCAAACAACAAGGCGGACGUGGUAUUUGUCGUCGAUAUCAAUGUAACACCAGUAGUCCUUUCCAAUCUAAUAGCGCCUGCAAUCAAUGAAAUUCGAGAGUCGCUGAAAAGCCGUGGUUUCACAGAUGUCCAAGUCGGAGUUGUUGUAUUUGACGAAUCCAAGCGAUAUCCCGCUCUACUCACAAGUGAAAAUGGCAAAAUUAACUACAAGGGAAACCUGGCCGAUGUUAAGCUCAAUGGAGUAAAGAACUUCUGUGACGAUUGCGUCGAGCAAAUUAUCACUGAAAAACGAAUCUUGGAUAUUUACAACUCAUUAAAGGAAAUAGUAAAGGGCAUUGCACCUCAGGCCGAUGAAAAGGCGUUCCAAUUGGCAUUAGACUAUCCAUUCCGUGCUGGUGCGGCAAAGAGCAUUAUCGGUGUGCGAAGCGAUUCUUUGGAAUAUAAAAACUGGUGGAAAUUUGUUCGAGCUCAAUUGACUGGAUCUGUUACCAAGUUUGACGGUGCGCUUCUCCAUCUUAUUGCACCAGUGAAGGCGCUCACACUAGAAGGAGUGCCGGCUGAAAAACUAAUUGGCUUCAACUCUCGUUUGGUGGCUACCCUUGAUGGAAAGGAUCAAAAGAAGCGAACCAAACUGCAAUUCGAUAAUGACAUGGGUAUUGACUUCGUCCUUAAUAACGGUGGUUGGGUGUUUGCAACGCAAAACUUCGACAAGCUAAAGGCAGCGGAUCAAAAGAAAAUGUUGAACCAGAUUACGUCAUCGCUGGCAGAUACACUCUUUAAGACCGAAAUUGUCAGUGAAUGUCGCUGUCUGCCGAUUCAUGGAUUGCACGGCCAACACAAGUGCGUCAUCAAGUCCUCGACAUUUGUUGCAACCAAGAAGCCCAAAGCUGCCUAAAAUGAUUUCAAGUUCUAGAUUGAAUCCUUUAUUCAUUAAUCGAAAUAUCUAUUACCUAAAAUAUAAGUGAACAAAAUACAUUAAUAAAAACGUAACCACGAAAAAUUUUAAUAUAAAAA